AUUUUUUUCUAUUGUAGGUUGUACAAUUAUACAAUGUAUUUACACCCGAGAAAAAACUGAAUGAUUUUAAAACAUUAUAUUUAGUUUUUAAUUUUCUUGAUUAUAACUUGAACCAAAUUAUUAAACGUAGCAAACCAUUGCCAGAAGAUCAUAUUAGAUCGAUUAUCUAUUCAAUUAUUCGUGGUUUGAAGUUUAUUCAUUCAGCUGGUAUUAUGCAUCGUGAUCUAAAGCCAGCAAAUAUUGGAAUAGAUCGAGAGUUAAAUGUUGCAAUUCUUGAUUUUGGCUUAUCUCGUGUUAUAUCAGAUGGUUAUCAAACUGGUUAUGUUGCUACCCGAUGGUGGCGUGC